AUAAAAAGAGAACGAUCCGGAAAAUAGAUCUUCAGACCAGACGUCAUGAAGUUGUACGUGAUCCUCGUACUCCUUGCCGUUGCCAGCACUAUCGAGGCAUACCGAAUUGCAGUUUAUAUGAAGACAAUAUAUGUGAAUGUUCCAGAGUCUUGGAAGAGGCCGAGAUGUGAGUGGAUGAAAUGCGACAAAGGGUGUGAGAAGGUGAGAGAUGAACGGGGUUGUUUCAAAUGUGAGUGUCCACCGGUCUGCGACCCACCAGUAUGUGGCCCUGGGUGUCAGCUAGAAGAGGUUUACGAAGGACCUUGUCCAGGAUGCAUGUGCAAGGUAUCAGAAGAGGACAUAGAUGAUAUAAGAAAAGAAAUUCAAAUGUGUGAUCCUCCAAGAUGUCCACCUGGUUGUGAAAUAGAGAGGGUUUAUGACGGACCAUGCCCUGGAUGCGACUGCUCCAAAAAAGAAGAAAUUUAUGAAGAAAAAAUCGGAUGUGACCCCCCAAAAUGUCCCCGGGGAUGCGUGAUCGAAACUGUAUUUGACGGACCUUGUCCCGGAUGUGAUUGCAAAGGAACGAAAGAAAUCGUCGAAAUAGUAGAAAAGAGAGUCAUCUGUGACGCUCCUAAAUGUGAGCCGGGCUGCUUCGUCGAAACUGAAUUUGAUGGUCCUUGUCCAGGAUGCUCCUGUAUAGAUAUUCCAGACAUCGUAGAAUCAAAAAUCUGUGACCCACCAAAAUGUCCCCGAAACUGCAGAAUUGAAACAGUUUACGACGGACCCUGUCCUGGAUGUGACUGCGAAGUAAGAGAAUUGAAGAAAGACAUUGCGUGCGAUCCUCCUAAUUGUCCCCCUGGUUGCUCAAUUGAAACUGUGUUCGACGGUCCUUGUCCUGGAUGUGACUGCAAAUCAGAAGAAGAAGUUAAUAAAGAUGAAGUAAUCUGCAACCCCCCAAAAUGCCCCCCUGGAUGUGUUAUAGAAACCGUUUUCGAUGGUCCAUGUCCUGGCUGUGAUUGCAAGAGAGAUUUUAAAGUUCCAAAAGUGAUGUGCUCACCCCCAAACUGCCCUCCUGGCUGUUUCGUUCAAACGGUUUUUAACGGACCCUGUCCUAGUUGUGAAUGUCCGAAAGAAAAGGACGAUUUUGAGGUGCCCAAAGUGAUGUGCUCUCCACCCCUAUGUCCUGAAGGCUGUUUUCUUGAAAAAGUGUUUGACGGACCAUGUCCUAGUUGCGAAUGUCCAAGCGAAAGGGAAGAAGAACCAAAGUGUGCCCCGGCAGCAUCAUGCUUAGGAGCUGGCUGCAAGUUGGAAGUGGAUGAAAGUGGGUGCCAAGUGUGCGAAUGCAAGCUUCGCUGUACACCUCCCAAGUGCAGCAGAUUUUGCCAGAUAAAGAGUGUGGAAGGAGGAUGCCCUGUUUGUGAUUGCCCGAAAUGGCGUCACAAGGGUUGAAGGGCAUCAUAAUAAUGUGCUUUACACUUUUUCUGCUACAUUUUACAUUUUCUAAAUAAAAUUUUCAUACUUUCAUGUUA